GCGUGCGGCGCAGGGCCGCUGCGACUGUGCGUGUGGCGGUGCUGCUUUUGGUGUUGGCGCUGGUUGCGGCGGCGGCGUGGAUGCCCGCGGUGGAUGCGGUGCCUUUGCGACUGCGGGGCGGCACGGUGGAGAGAGCCAUCACGGUGGGCCGCGCCCUGGACACGGUGCUGAUGGACGGCGUGUGCAUCACGAACGGCGUGGCUGUGGUGCUCGACGUUGCGGCGAUGCUUCCCGGCGCGCUGCGCAUUGAAUUGAGGGACUGCGUGUGCGACGGCGGUGCGCAGAUAUACGUGCGGGGCUACAGCGGCGAGCCGGCGAGUGACCGGAGCCUGGAGGUGAGCGUGAGCGGGCUGUCCGGGAGCUACUGCUCGCUCGUGUUUGUGCACAACCUGCCGGCACACACGAACGUGACGGUCUGUGACUCGACGAUUGUGACGCCGGGGCCGAUGCGCUACUCCCAGCUGAGCGGGCUGACGGACGCGGUGGCGUCGCCGCUUGUGCUGCACGCGACGUCGCUGUUGCAGACGCAGCUGCGUGUGAGCAGCACCGUGCUGAGGUCGUCGCAGGCGGGCGGGUCGGCGGUGUACGUUGGCGGCGGUGUGGACCUGCUGUCGAGCGCGGUGGUGCUUGACGGCGUGUCGCUGGAGGCGUCGGGCGGUCCGACCGCGUCCGCGAUGAAUGUAACGUCCUCGUCGCGUCUCAGUCUGCGUAACCACUCGGUGUUCUCCGUGACGAACGUGUCGGUUGUGAGCAGCGGCGGCGGCAUUGUGCUUGGCGAGCGCCUCGCGGUGUCCGACUCGGUGCUGCGCUUUGUGGGCGUCGAGGGGUCUGCUGCGUCGCCGUUGGUGCGCUGCGGCGGUGGGACGGUCGGUGCCGGCGGGUGGCUGGACCUGCACGACGUGUGGGCGGUGGGCGAGGCGUCGUCGGUGGCGUCGCUGUCGAGGGUGACGCUGAGCGGCGGCGCCGUGUCGAUUGCUCGCUGCGCUGCCACCGGCGCGACGCUUGCCGCCGGGCCGACGAUCACGAGCGGCGCUGUGUCCGUGCAGUGCAACCGUGCCGGCGGCCGCGUGCUGCAGAGCAGCGGCGACUACCGCUUGGCCGGCCUGAUCUCCGUGAGCGUGGUGCCGUGCGACGGCUGUGCGGCUGCGCUGGCGUGUUUCGAUGCACUGACGGCGUCGUUCUCCGACUGCGUGUGCAACUGCCGUGCCGGCGGCGUGGGCGAGGCGUGCCUGCCGUUCGACGUGCCGGCUGCGAGGGCCGGCGGUGGUGGUGGGCAGGACUGCGUGAGUGGCGUGACGCUGACGGAGUCCGUGACGGUUGGCGGCGGUCAGGCGACGGCGUGCUUCGACUCGGUGGUGUUCAGCGGGCCGAUCACUGUGGCGGUGGACCUGCGCUCGAUGGAUGCGUUUGCUGACGCACUGAACGUGACGCUUCGCCACUGCGUGCUUGCGGGCGGCGCGCAGCUGCGGAUUGGCGGCCUCAGCGAGAGUACGGCGCACCUGGUGCCGCACGCCCUCGUCAACAUGACGAAUGUGACGUCGCUGGAGGGCACGAUUGUGCUGCAUGGCACGAUGCCGCUGAACUCGAGUGUGCUGCUGGCGAACUCAACGCUGCGCGCGACGGUUGGCGGGUCGCAGUACGUGCCGACGACUCCUGGCCACGAGAAAUCCCGGCACGGCUCCGCGCUUGUCCUGGACGGCGUCCGGCUUCUGUCGACGCGGUUUGUCAUGACGCGGUCGACUCUGGUGUGUGGCGGGGGUUCGUGCGCUGCGAUACUUGUGGAGCGCGGCCUUGUCGUGAACCUGUCCAGCGUCUUCUACAUGGACAACUGCGCUGUCAUGUCGCAGAUGCACGUGAUGUAUGCUAUUGCGUCGGACCUGCGUGUUAGCGGCGGCUCCGUGUUCUCCAUACAGAACAGCUCGUGGAGUGCGCCGAGUACCGAA